AUGAAUACGGAGACGAGUAGCAAACACUCAGCAGAUAUUUCUAAGGGAGUUGAAGGAGAGAUAAGUAAAAAUGAAGUAGAUAAAGCCGAAGUGAACAAGAGUGAAAUAAUAGAAGGAACAAACAUGCACACUCAAGAGUUGAGCGCAGCGAAACCUGAAUUGAAAGCAGAGAACAGUGUUAAUGCAAAAUCUAAGAAUGUGAGCGAGGAAGAUAAAUGCAUUACAAAAACACCAGAAGGUGUAGUGAUAGUUUCGAUGGAUGAGCUUAUGAAGUAUAGUGACGAGAAGUAUAGCGACAAAGAAGGAAAGAAGAUGAUAUUUGGGAUGUGGCUGAAUGCGGAGUUUAAGAAUGAGCUACAGAGAAGCAAGAACAAUGUGAAGAUAUUUAAGAUUCUAUCUAUUGUGUCUGCAGCAGUGAUUAUUGGAAUAGUAGUGUAUGUGAUUAUUAAGGUUGUAAGCAGCUUUCUAUCAUGA